AUGCAGGCUUUGUGGUCGAGGGCCGGCCAGGUCCAUCGCUGCGGAUGUCGCGCCUGCGAAUCCGUCGUGAGCUCCCUCGGCCGGCGAGUGACAACCGCGGCUCGACCACGAAAAGUCACCUUUGCCGAUAUCUUCACAGCAUGCUACAGCUCCAUGUUUGCGACUGCCGCCAUCGUUGAUGCCGUACGAAAGGAGGACCGAAGGCAGGAAUUGGACCGGCAAUUGGAGGAAACGAGGCGUGAAUUGGCACAGCUGCAACUCCGGAACCUCGAAGCAAGCCAGACGACGAAUGGCCUUGACUCCGCCCAGAACGAAGUGACUCUACACCAGAUGGAUCAAUUAUGGGGGGCCAUCAAGAGUCUGUACACAAACCGACCAUAUAUGAAGGAGAUUUACAGACCUGCUACCAUCCGAAUCGACGAAUUCUUGAACCGAGCACAUACCGAGGAAUACGAGUGCCCCAACCAAGCAACGAUGGAUGCUCUUAGGCGUAGGGACUACAAUCACCUUGAGCAAGAGAUUAUCCGCGAAGAAACAGACGUUAGCAUCCGUCAAAGAAGCCCGUUAAAUACCAAACAGCUCCACAAUGCCGGACGAACGCUCAGUCAUCUCGUUCAACAGUUACUCAAACGCGCCAAUGCCCAUGACAAGUCGGAUCUGCCGAGCCCCAGCUUCGAUGAAGCCAUGCAACUGGCAAAUGAUAAGACUUCUUUCAGAUAUCUCGUGGAGAAUGAUCCUGAGAGGGUGAUAAAGAACCGGGUCGAUCUGAACUCUGAUCUCCGCAAAGUCGUCGGCUCAUCACUGAGCCUCAAGGAGAAGGUGGGUAGAGUGUGUUAUAAUCUGCUUGUAUCUGCAUAUCCAGCCGAUAUGCACACGUACAACACGUUGAUCGUUGCUUUUGAUAAACAUGGUUACAAGUAUCUGUCAGAGCCAGUGGUCAACUCCUUCUACUACUACCGCCGACUAAGACCAACUCCAUCAACAUUUGUCGCCAUCUUGAAUCACUACAAAAAUUCAGGCAACCAUGGUCGCUUCUUGCGCAGUCUUGCAAGUCUCGCUGGUCUCGAUGGCGAGACGGGUGCCAAACUGAGACGAAGACUGGUGGACGAAACAUAUGAUGGAGCAGUUGACGAAAGGCGCAAGAGACACAAGGUUCAGACAUGGACCCAGACGGGUGACUACUUCUGGGAGCAUGCGCCACUGGACAAGCCUCUCAUCGAGGCUGCUAUUCAAGGCCUCCUACACAUGAAGCUCUUUGAUCAGGCUGCUGAGUUCUUCGUGACGUGCAUGAAGGCCAAGGUCGUGCUCAGCACGCAUGUGAUCAGGCAGUUAUUUGAUGAGUGUAUAGUGGCUCUUGACUGGAGAUCUGCUGUGCGCCUCAUCCAAGGUUUCACUGACUGUUCAGUUACAUGGCCUUCCAUGCUUCUUGGAAGGGAUCAAGACACUUCUUACCUGAUCAGUCGGGUGCGUGUUCUUCUCGACCUAGCUGGUCUUCAAGAUGCAAGCGGCGAAGUGCCCAAAUCUACCCUCGACAAUUUGUCUAUAUCACAUUACCGUUUCUGCAAGUUCCUGAGUGAUCUGGCAAGCGCAGACUCGACAUCUCAAAUCGAUAUGCAAGGGUCAAGUGCACAGACUCGGGAUUCGGCUUCAGACCCUGUCAGCGCCUCAAAACGAAGACUACUCCAGAUCGAAGCGCUUUGGAAAGAACAAGACUUGGUUGAAAAGACGACACGCUCCAUCGAGAGCAAACUACUCUAUCCUGAAUUUUCACCUGAGUUUCGCAUGUCAAUGGCCUUCCACAUUGGAAACGCCGCGGCGGAUCAAACAGUGGAGUUGGAUGGGGAGAUCAUGGAAGUUAUGUCACAGCUUCCUCUUUCAGAACGAGUGGAGAGAGGUAUUACGGAAUGCAAGUCCUUUCAAGAUUCAAAUAUUAGCCGCGCUGAGAGCGGCAAUAUCGUUCAAGAAGUGCAAGAAUUAAGGCAAGAUACAUCAGAGGAGCAAGGUAAGGAACAAGCCGGGAGGCUUUUACGAGAUGAGGAGCUGGAUAUAAUCUCGGCUCAAAAGGCGAUACCGGUUAAGCGGAUGAAUGCGAAUGCAGCAGAGCGCACUCUGAGAGCAAGGCCAAUGCGGCUAACGGCAUGGCCUGUGACAGAGCAGCAAGUUGGAUAUUUGCAGAGGGCGAGUUUUGGUUAG